UUAAUAUUUUACCUUUGGGGCUCCAUCAUUUGGAGUAUCGCACAAUAUUAAAAUGAUCCAUAAAAUCACAACCUGGUCAUCCGCAGUAUCCUCCGGUGCUGCAGGCGGCUCCACUGAGACAUUGCUCAUGUUGUUGGAAGUCACUGAUUUUUAUCAGGCUGUCAGAGAAACUGGAGUAAAUCUAAAACACCAGCAGUGUGUGUGUCUGUGUGUGCCAUACAGAUAUUACCUACAAAACUGUUCUUUUUUUAAGUCAAAAUGCAUCCGGUCAGAGUGUCGAUUCCGUCGUUUCGUUCAGAAAACAACUCGAUCGAGAGAGGAUACACGGUCUUUAAAAUUGACGUGCUGAUGAAUGGCAGACAACAUUCUGUUGAGAAACGCUACAGUGAAUUCCACACUUUGCAUAAAAUGCUAAAAAAGAGCAUAAAGCCACCUGAGAUCCCUUCGAAACACGUUAGAAACUGGGUUCCCAAAGUCCUGGAGCAGAGGAGGCAUGGUCUGGAGCUCUACCUGCAGACUAUAAUUAUGGAAAAUGGGGUUCUUCCAAAGAUAUUCCUGGAUUUCCUGAACAUCCGCCACUUUCCUUCAGUGCCAAAAACAGAAAGCUGUGGGUCAUUGGAUACAGAAUCAGAGGAGUCAAGUAAACUUUCACAUCAGCCAGUCUUGCUGUUUCUGAGAGACCCCUACCUGCUGCCGUCUGCAGACGAUACAUUUUCAAAUGUUGUGAUAGAAGGUGUGAUUCAUGGAGUUUUCUACCCAGAUCUUCAACCAAGGUAGAGCUGCAGAGCCGAAUCUGGGAGCAUGUCAUUACCAACAGAUGCUCCAUAUUUUCACACCAUUUUAGGUGUGCAUCAGGAAGGACGUAACAUGUUAAGAUACACUGAGCCUCACUUACAUUUUCCAAAGCAUAAAACAAAAAUCCAGACAUAAAAAAUAAAAAAUGGAUGCCUUAUGUCUCAAUAAAUCACUGGCAAUACAUUUUAAAAUGCAACCAUUCAUUGACCUUACGUUCAGUAACUUCUGCACCAUUACCAUCAGCUGUUCUUAAAAUGAAAAAUAUUGACCCAUAUUUCAAUGGAUUUGAAUCCUAAGAAAAUAGUUUAAUCAAACAUUUGUCAGCUAUAAAAUGUAACUGUAUGUGAAACAGUUUAAGUUAACGUAGAUAUUUUGAGGCAUUAUAAUCCAAAUAAUUACAAAAAGAAUAAGAUUAUUUAUAUUUAUUUAUAGAAAUUAUAGAGCUUAAUACGUCAUAAUUACUUAUUCACUUAUAUUUUGCUUCUUUCUUCAGAAAGUAAUGAGUAAAAUAAACACAGGAUCAAGUGGAAAUCAGUGGCAGAUCAAAGUAGGGAGACCUGAAGUCUUGUUUUUAGUUAAUAAAUACCAGAAAUUAGUGAAUGGCUCUCCAACUCUGGGGAAUCAGAAAGGGAAUGCUGGUGUCUGCUGGACUGAAGGUUAGUUUGCCAGACACAAAGGAGGCCUGUAAGGACAAAGCACAGGGCUGCCGUGUGGAGCUGGAUCAUGGCCUGCAAACAGGGAGGUGCCACUCCCUGUAGCACCAGUACUGUGGUUUUUGAAUUUGUUCUGAGCUGCCAAAUUGAGCCAUCUGAGGGAGAGCAGUGUGGGACGGCAUGGAACAGUUUCGAGGCUGCAUUCUGGUGCAGUAGACAGAUAUGUGCCACAUGUUAGAGUGGAAAUGAUUUGAGCUUUACUGUACUGUACUGUAGUGUUUGCAGUGGUGCUAGUGAGCUCUGCAGGGCUACUUGAGCAGCCUGGUUUGGUCAGGUGAUGAGCUUGAGGUUUUGGGCCCAAAGCCAAAUUGAAAUGUAGCCAGGACAGACAGAAAUAUGUGGCACAACCUGUGAGUGAGGAAAGACUUGUUGACAGAGCAAUUUAGAGUACGCCACUGAUUUAGCAUUAUGCUCCUAUGACAUUGUCGGACUCACAAUAGAUGGUUUUAAAAGAAGGAUUAAAAUCGGUGCAGCAGAACCAGAUAUUGCCUUUUUAUUCUGCGCAUUCUUCUUCCUUGGCAAAACGUGGCACCUACAUUACCCACAAUACAACUCAACCAUCGACACUUAGGUCGUAGAUUCGGGUGUGUUAUGGUAGUACCGGCUUGGAUCUCCUCCUCCCUCUAAAGCUCUUCCCAUGAAUAACAAAAUAUGCAAUAAUGAGAUGUGAGGACUGAUAGCAUAUGGUAGUGACAGCCUGUUUGAACAAAUAACGAUAACACUUGCUAAAGGCCAGUAUCUAACACUAAUUCCAGUCAUGUUACAUUUAAUGCUGGAUUUACACAAUGUAGAAGGCCAGUUUUUCAGUUGUGGUGAUUAGAGGCAUAGCCAGCUAUAAUGUAAAGGGAUGCAAAAUGUGUUUUGUUUUGCAGAGCACUUGUAAAAUGAGAGAUGGUGAUUUAAGACUUAAAACCAGUAAAACACUGUGCAAUAUGAAAUAAAAUACAAAUUGUCUUUAUAUUGUUCCUUGCGAACAAAUGUAUCAACCAUCUCCUGUUGUGAACACUCAAAAUGACUUGUAGCUUUUAUGACACAUUAUGUUGCAUGUCACUUCUUGGGCAGAAAUUGAUGACACAACACUUCUUAUGUGACUGGACCUCCACUACAGCACAGUGACAACUACAUAUAGUAUUUAUACUGAAUUAAAUUAAUCCUGAGCAAUUAACCUCAACUAAACAGAUCAUGAUUUUAUGUUUUAACCAAGUAAAUCAUUACCCUAGAGAUCAAUCUUGUAGAUUUAUACAUAUUUAUAUUGUGUAACAUUGUUCUGUUUGUGCUCUAUGUGAAAAGUGUCAUUUAUGUGCCAUAAUGUCAACCUACAGUGAACACUGGAAUUCUACUGUAGCACUUUAAGAUGAGCGAUAUGUAAAAAUACUGACACCAAUAAAAAUCAUUAUUUCCACAAA